GGAAGGGGUGGCGUCGCUGCUGUUGCUGCGGACCCCAAGGCGGGGGACGCGGAGCGGGGCUUGCAGGCAGAGCCUCUGCCGUCUCCUCCAGCCGCUCCUGGCGAGCCCCGCGUUGCCCAAGCCCUGUUCAGACGUAACGCGCAGCUGCGUGCGCAGUGCUGCACCCAGAUAUGGACUUAUAUUUCCCAAGAAAGCACAACAAAAAACCUUUGUCAAGCAUUCGGUGUUUAUGGAUGACUCUGAUGAAGAGUCUUCUGUGAGUGAGAGCCUGCAACGAGAAGCCCUGAAAAAGCAAGCGAUGAAACAGACCAAGCUGGAGAUCCAGAGGGCUCUGGCGGAAGAUUCUACCGUGUAUGAAUACGAUAAUAUUUAUGAUGACAUACAGCAGAAGAAAGCCGAAAGCCAGGCCAGCGCUCUGAUGGAGAAAGGAGAGAAAAAGCCCAAAUACAUCCAACAUAUCCUCAAGGCAGCCGAGCUAAGAAAGAAGGAGCAGGAGAAGAGAAUGGAGAAGAAGAUACAGAAGGAGCGCGAGAUGGAAGGGUGCGUGUUUGACGACAAAGAAGCCUUUGUGACAUCUGCCUACAAAAAGAAGCUGCAGGAACUGGCCGAGGAGGAAGAGAGGGAGCGGCAGGAGGCCGUGCUCGAGGCGUGCCUGGAUGUCACCAAGCAGAAGGAUCUCAGUGGUUUCUACCGGCAUCUGCUAAACCAGGCUGUGGGGGAAGAGGAAGUGCCUAAAUGCAGCCUUCGGGAGGCUAGGAUAAAGGAAGAAAAACCCAGUGGGGAUUCCCAGGAAUCCAGGCAGACCAGCCAAAGCCCAGAGGAGAGAGCAAGACCCCAUGUCCCCGUAAAGGGAGAAGAUAACCCAGAUGCAGACAGUGACUUGGAAGUGGAUAGCAGCAAUGAUAGCAGUGCCAGAGGGCACAUGGAGAGAAGAGCUGGCGAUAAAAAGGAGACGAGGCAAGGCACCGUGGACAGCAGUGGGGAGGGUUCCAGGCCUGGCAAGAGCCAAAGGGACUCGAGGUCAUCCAGCGAGGAGAGAAGUUGCCACUCCAAGGUGCCUGCGGGUCAUCCGGGGAGAGAGGAGGAUGGAGGAGGCAAAAAGGAAAGAAGUGGGCAGCGAAAGGAAAGGGACCGUGAGAGGAGACACACGGACCUUGAAAGGGAGGAGUGUGCUAGAUCCGAGGAUCAUCCUAAGAGGCGAGAAGAGCAUGAUAGCAAACAGAGGAGGAAAGACAGGAAGGCGAGAGAUGACCACGACAGGGACCUGAGAAGGGAGAGAGAGAGAGAGAAGUCCCCUGAGAGGGAGCAGUCAGGGAAGGAAAGGCCAAGAAACAGCCACGACCGAUACAGAGAUCGGGAUCGUGGAGACAAGGAGAAAGGGGCGAGGCAAGCCAAGGCCCAGGAAGGUGAGAGAGGGGAUUCGGAAGCCAGCCUGUCUCACUCCGAGCAGCCGUCCGAGCUGAAGCGCAAGGCUGCCGGGGGUGAAACGGAGCAGCCAGGGGCGCCUCUGGAGAGCCGGAGCAAAUUUGCCAAGCGCAGCAACCAGGAGAUGGUCACGUCAGCGAGGGACCGCUACUUGGCUCGGCAGCUGGCCCGCGUGAGCACAAAACCUUACAUCGAAAAAGAGGAGGACUAGCUUGCGUUGCAGGGGGAAAGUCUCCGGAGAGGAGGCACUCCCUGCUGGGGAUAUGAAGGCAAGAGGCAAUGGCGCGCUAAAGUCGUUCCUUGCCUCUGUGGAGCUCUGGAGCUUGCCAAGGGAAUGCCUUUCUGUGCAGAAGGGGCUCAAGAUGUCCAGUCUCUACACAUGGGGUUGUUCCGAGUCUGUCCGCCCUGCCCUUCCAUACCUCAACCCCUGUUUGCAUUCUGUGGUGCUGGAAUUCAGUGGGGCCCCCUUGAGCCCCCCGCCUGUAUGUCAUCACUUUCACAGAAGUUACCUCUCGAUCUGCAACCCCGUGGAGUGUCUGUUGGAGGACAAGGGUGAAGUUCGUACGUGAUGGAGAAUACCCAUCUGGCCUCAAGUAGUAGAAACCAAUACACACGAUGUUGUGAUCUUUACAACACCGUUUCGUUCUGCAGUGGACUGAAUUGCUGGGACUUCUUGUUCCGAGCCUUAUUAUUUCUGCUGUAUGAAAACUUGGAAAUAAAAUGAAAGGGUUGCGUCUUA